ACUAAGGAGGGCACGUUUUCGCGCAGUUGUCCUCCUUCCUCAACACGGAGAAAGACUCCGAACCUAACUCCCACCCCAAACCUCCUGAAGCCGUGAGCAGUCUUGGAGGUCCUGCAAAGUGAAGACUUAAUUCCAAGGGCAUGGCAAAACAUCUGAAGUUCAUUGCCAGGACUGUGAUGGUGCAGGAAGGGAACGUGGAAGGUGCAUACAGGACCCUAAACAGAAUCCUCACCAUGGAUGGGCUCAUUGAGGACAUCAAGCGGCGCCGAUACUACGAGAAGCCUUGCCGCAGACGACAGAGGGAAAGCUAUGAAACCUGCCAGAGGAUCUACAACAUGGAAAUGACUCGCAAGAUCAACUUUUUGAUGCGAAAGAAUCGGGCAGAUCCAUGGCAGGGCUGCUGAGGCCUGUGGAUAGGAGGCCCAGAAGGAAAACCUUUACCCGGUUGUGUCUCCACCUCUUUCUGCAACCCCAUUUUGUCUUACCAUUUCUUGCAAUAAACUCAAUCACAUAUAUAUAUAUAUAAGAAGGCCU